GGCAACCUUUGACGUAGAAGCGAUGGGCGCUUCUUGGCCGGUGCGCUCGCGCAUGGCGGCGGUUUGCGCCUUGCUGCUGCUAGCGCCGGUAGCUGGCAAGCCGGUGGUUAUCAACUUGGGCCCGCUCAUGGAUGACCAGCUGUUGAUGGAGGAUUUGUCCUCAGCCCUGGAGGCAAAGCAUUGGCCGGCGCUGAUUGAGGGACAGCAGGAGGAUCUCCUUCAGGGCCUUUUGCAAGACUUCGGCAAGGGCUUGCUCGGCGGUCCAGCUGCUGGCGGUUUCGGGCCGGGGUCCUCCGUGAACUUCCAGACGGAGGUGAAGGACGGGCACUUCCGGCUGCGGGCGUCGCUGCCGGGGUACAGCAUGCACAGGAGCAGCGACGGCGAAGAGCCACUGGAUGUCCAGGUGGCGGGGCGCACACUGGUGGUGCAGGGCUCAAAAAGCAACGGGAACAUGAUGACCAGCUUCCAGCGAUCUUUCCGCCUACCUUGGGACCCGGACAAGGACCACGUCUCAGUGACCUACAGCGCCCAGGAUGGCUCCCUCUUGGUGGACGUCCCUCGCGGCGCAUCUUCUUCCGCUUCCGACGCGGCGGAUUCCGACUCCGGAGCCGCCGCGGCUCUUCCAGGUGAAUUCUUGGAGCCCUUGAGCAUCCUAGCGGGCCCGCAGAUGACGCUCUCCUUCUCGGAUAUGGAUGCGAAGCUGGCCCCUCGCCGCCGGCCGCUGCGGGGCCUGCCUAUUGUCAUGGGCCUGCGGCCGACGGUCCGGGACCCCUUCGAGCAGCUGUGGAACGGGCUCCUCGCAGAUGCGAGUGGCAUGCACGACGUGGCCGUGCCAGAAGCGGACCCCGACAGGAAGCACAGCAUGCACAGCAAGUCGCAGCCGGUCCAGCCGAAGAUCAGGUGGUGGUCCAGCCCAAGAAAUCCGCGGCGCCCUUCUGGCGCUUCACCACUGGCCCGGAGUCAAGAGCUCGAUACCUCGAUAUCGUCAGCCCUCAAGGGGUGGAGAUGGGCAAGAUCCGAGGCUCCUACGUCGAGUUUUUCAACAAGGGCGAAGGCCAGGAGAGCCCCAAGAGGCUGGAGCUGCCCAUCUCCGUGCGCGAGGAGGACUGCCGGCAGACGCACAUGGGCUCCCAAGAGCACGUGCUCCGCUGCGCGACGAAGGACUCGGUGAAGAGCCUCCACAUCGAUGUCAUCGACGAGCUCUGAGGCAACUGGAGAGGUGAGAAGAAGAUGGCACCCUGGUUCUUCUUGCUUUUUGUUGUCAGGUGGCUUGGC